UCACUCUGAUCAUGUCUAGUACUUUCUAAUCCACGUCUUCCUAUCCCCACUUAGCCUUGCAUAUGAAUAUUGCCUGAUAAAACUUUUGUAUGAGUAGGCCUACUAUUUCCCUCCUCACUCCUAACUAGCCUUUAUACCCUUAUUAAUGUGCAUUUCACCUUUCUUGGCUGACACAUUUUACUGCUUUACUUUUACUAAUUUCUUACCUAUACUAAUGGCGUGCUUCAGUCGCUUCACUAUCAAAUGUGCAGAAUGUGUCCUUAAGAAGCCUCGUAGCUGAAAAUUAGUUACUUCUUGAGAUCUUGUCAUUUUGCUAGAGUCACUCACGGCAUUGAGGAAAAGGCUCUUCUUUCUGUAAAAUCCCUCUUUUCGCAAAUCUGGAAAGAGAUGGUUCCCUCCACUAGUAUUUAGAAACCCUGGCAAAACCUUGACAUUAGUGAAGCCAAUUAAUUAUUAACUGGAAUGAAUGGCCUGCCUGCUUUAAUGGAGUGUGGGCUGAGACUCUGCUUCACGACACUCUGCUGUCAGCCAAGCGCAGAGAGGAAGCCACAGGCUUUUAAAGAGGCUUCAGAUGAAGUGAGGAUGGUGCAUGGUUCACUGUACAAAUCUUCUGAGAUCAGAUUUCUUCAUUUAAGUCAAGAGAUGAGUCUGCUGGAAAAGAGUUUUCCCCAUUUGUCCACAAGAAACCACUUAAAAUCUCUUAGACAGUGGCAGCGAUGUUACCGCAGUGAGCUAAACUGCCCAAUCUGCCUUCAGGCUACUACUUGCCCUGUAGAAACCAACUGUGGACAUUUAUUUUGUGGUUCCUGUCUGAUUGAAUACUGGAAACAUGGACCUUGGCUAGAAGCAAUCAGCUGCCCACUCUGCAGACAGAAAGUCAUUCUUUUGUACAACAUGCCUUGUGAAAAUCUGCCCGACAAGCCAAGCAAACAAAUUGUGUAUGACAUCAGAGAUUACAACAAACGCUUCUCAGGACAGCCUCGGCCUUUCACAGAUUAUCUUUAUGACAUGCCGCUUCUCGUCAACCUGGCUGUACGAGGGAUCUUCACGCUGGGCGGCUUGGUGUGGAUCUUCUUCCUCAGAGUUGUCAUCUGUUGUUUUGGAACCUUCAUGUGCUUGACUUCUUCGUUGGAUCUGAUGCCAGAACCUCUUUGUGGAAUUCUGGGCCUCUUUGAUGACCUAGUUGUUGUUUUCCUACUUUUAAUCUGUAUGAUAAACAUUUGCUCUCAGAUGGAAUCAGAAGGGGCAAACAUGACGAGCUCUACAGCGCAAAACAUUUUGCUGGAAUCGUAACAGGCUGAAGUGCCGGCUAUUCAUAAUGGGGAAACCAACUAGACAACGGUGGAUUUUCCUAGUUUCUGGAAGCGACACAGAACGGCCUUAGCUUUGAAGAAUGCUAAGGGUCGGUAAGCAGCGCUGGAGUUUAUGGAAGAGCAACAGCUGGGUGGAGGCUGUAAUGUUAAUCAUAGAUUAACACCCAACGAUGUCCACAAGCCUCCAGAGGUGCAUUGCUGCCAUUCUAAAAUGACAAUUUUGCAUUUGUGGUACUUAAGACUGACUCCUGGAAGGCACAAUAGCCAAGAUCUUAUCCAACUGUUCCACAGCUCAACAGCUCAGAUAUGGCUAGAAAACAUUAAGUACAUAUAAACAUGAAAAUACUGUACCGCAACUCUUAUUAAUGUGGCGUUCUCAAAAUGACAAAUGCACAUCAUUAAAAGACUAUAGAGAGACAAAGAGGAACAGGCAGACUUGUGUGUGUUUUGCGCAGACAGGGGGGAAACGUCUGCUAGAAGGUCUAGUACAGACCUCCCAAUUCAGCAGCUUACUGAUCUAAGAUAAUCCUUUGCCAUGUGCAGUAUUACAGAUACAUGUAUGUGGAUAAUGGUUUGGAUAUGCUUGCCAAUAGUUGCAACAGUCCUCAUAUUGCCACCCAUCGAUAAAUACUGCCAAAAAUUGGCACAAGGGUAUUUGAAUGGAUCAGAAAAGGCCCAACUUGGAGCACCGUUGUCUGAGUCUUUUGGAAAUAAGCAUGCUCUUUGAAAGUCACUUCCUUAUGCUGAGGCUCCCAGUUGUGCUUUGGUUUCAGGGUGGCUGUGUGUACUGUAUGCAGGACAAAAUCUGAUAUGAGCACUGACGUCUUGAGCAACGUGGGGCUAUAUAAAUACAAAGGAAAUAAAAACGACCAGGAAGUUCACCUCCUCUCGGAGAUCUCUAUGGAAACCUUAGAAUCCCCUUCAAGGUUCCUGCCUCCAAGUGAAGAAAGGCAGGUGACAACGAAGGAGAGGGACUUUUUUUUUUUUGGCACUGACACUUCAGCUAUGGAAUUGCCUCCUGAGAGAGGCUUACCUGGCACCUUCCCUCCUCCAGUGCAGUUAGUACAGUUAAACCUGAGUGAAUAAAGAAGUUGUACAUCCAGGCUUUAAAACUAGGUUUUAAAUCCCGACUGUAUGCAAGGACCUUUUGUUUUUUUGUUUUGGUGUCUUUUAUUGUUGUAUGUUUGCUGUUUAAAUUAUGAUCAUAUAUUGUGUUUUAAAUAUAUUGUUGCAAGCCAGGCGGGGAAUGUUUAUUGGUGGGUGGCUAUAUAACUCAAAUAAAUAAAUAACCAAUGAAAAAACUAUGAAUCCAAUUGAUAUGUAGCCUGUUACAUGUUUGUAUGAGUGGAAUUUGGGUUUUUAUGUGUUAGCUGUGCGUAAGAAUGCAUGCAUAUAAAUAUUUAUUUUUCACGGUGUUCUGAAGCUUGUCGUGCAUUUCUUCUUCUAGCAUGUGUGCACAUCC